AACAUGGCCAUUCAGCGAAACGCACAGCAGGACGGAUAAAUAUUGUAAACCACUUGCUUUUAAACUGUGUUACGUGUUUCUAGCCGGCAGUAGGGAAGAUUUUAGUGCUCAUUCCAUCGAGAAGUAUUGCAGCAAGAACGCCUAGUAAGCUCAGGCUUCGAAAACCGACCGUAUCGCUUCGAGAAACUAGCCGCAUCUUACCGACAUCAUCGUUCACUGGAGUGAGCGGUGCCAACACGGUCGUCAGACAGACACUCGGAGCAGAAGCAAAAAAGCAUAAAGCUUUUCAUUUUAUGUACGUAAAAUCGCGACCCACCCUUAGUCGGUUGGUGAAGCGGUUCGUGUCCAUUUGUACGAAACUUUCUCCAAUUCGUUCGCUCCGUCGGAUGCCUGCUGCUGGCCAGGCAAGGCAAUAGAUAGGCAGAGCCGUUUGUUUACGUACGUGCCCGCUAAUGUGUCUGACGGCGGGUGGCGGUAGCGGUCGGUACCCCCUUGUCUGGUAGUAAAGUAGAGAGGCAAUCAGCGAAGAAUGCAGUCGCCGCCGUCCCUGGAGGUUAGCUGCACUCGUAGUAAACGAUAAUCAAGUGAUCCGCGUACAUUUACCAUUCGCAAUGUGCAACGCUUGAAGAUAGAGAGGCGCGUUCGCGGAUGGAGCAUAUAUAAAGUAUUGCCAGUAACGGAUAGUGUGUAAUAGCAGGAUUGCAACAAAAAAUACCGUUCCGUAUUGAAGCACGCAAGCAGCAAACAAUAGUAUUUAAAUCUGUCCGUUCGUCCACAUCAUGCUAGUGAGCAAUUGAUUGCAACAAAAUCAGCGUGAAAACUCAUCCUCAUCGUGUACCGGAUUGUGGCUCAUAUUAAUGCACUAUCAUGGAUAGCAGUGAAGCGACAGGCAGCACCAAAGUAGUACGCAAAGGUGGCGCUGAACGCUUACAUCGAAAGGGGUAUCCGUUUGCGUCAAGAGCGGGCCCUAGAACAAUGGACACGGACGGACGCACUGGACACGCUCGGUCCACAGCUCUCUAGUACCGUGACACGCUGGCUACUGUACGGUACCGUCGUGCCCUCCGUCCAUUCGUCCAACUACCAGCACCGGCAAUACUCAUCCGCACAUUCCACCAUAACCGCACAGCCGGCACACGGUGCGCAGACUACUACCCAGACGCAAAUGUCUUCGACGGAAAGUGGUGGCAGCGGUGGUGAUGGUGGUGGUGGUGGUGGUGGUGGCAGCAGCAGCAGCACCAGUAGUCCCAAAGUGCCCUCGCCCACCCGUCGAACGCCCGGGCGGCGUGCGCGAGAACUGCAUCGUACGUCGACGGCCACCUCGUCCUACUCCUCGGGCCGGUUCCAUUACCUCCAUACUGUCCAGCCUGUCCUCGGUGAACAGUGCGGGCGGUGGUGGCCACCAGCAACAACAUUCCCAGCGCAAACAGCGUCGCUACAAGCGACGGAUAGCCAAGACAGCAGCGGCGGCGGGUACAGCUGAAACCAAAGGUGGUGACGUCGGCAGGCGGCGUACGCGGAAAGCAAUGGCCAACAAAACGAACCCGACACCCGGUGGACCGACGAGAGCCGGUCCGAUUCUUCAGAACAUUCCAAUUGAGGGACCAGUGUCGAUGCCAUGGUUCGGCAUGGACAUCGGCGGCACGCUGACGAAGCUGGUGUAUUUCGAGCCGAAAGACAUCACGCCGGGCGAACUGGACCAGGAGGCACGCAUUCUGCGCAACAUUCGGCGUUACCUGACGAAGAAUUCCGCCUACGGUAAGACGGGCCACCGGGACAGCCACCUGCAGAUGGACGAUGUGGUGAUCCGGGGUCGCCGUGGAUCGCUCCACUUCAUUCGCUUUCCGACGUCGGAGAUGCUAAGCUUUCUGAAGCUUGCCAAAUCGAAGGGCAUGGCCCAGCUGGUAACGACCGUGUGUGCAACCGGCGGCGGUGCGUUCAAGUUCGAGGAAGACUUCCGGCUGAACGUCAACAUGAAGCUGGCCAAGUUUGAUGAGCUGGACGCGUUGAUCAAGGGCAUACUGUUUACCGAAACGCACAACAAAUGUGAAUGCUACUUUUGGGAGAAUGCCAAUGAAAUUAGUAGUACGAAGAAAAAGUUCGACUUUAGCCAACCGUACCCGUUUAUACUGGUGAACGUCGGCUCGGGCGUAUCGGUGCUGGCGGUGCGCGGCCCGGACAACUACAAGCGCAUCUCCGGUACGAGCCUGGGCGGCGGAACAUUCCUGGGCCUGUGCUGUCUGCUCACCGGCUGUGAAACAUUCGAGGAAGCAAUACAGUUAGCUACGAAGGGUGAUCAUAAGAAAGUAGAUAAGUUAGUUAAAGACAUUUACGGCGGUGACUACGAGGCGGUUCGGGCUGCCCGGCAGUUGGUCGCGUCCAG